AUGACCACCACAGCCACCAUUAUCGAAAUUCACAGUCCUUGGCACAUCACCAUCACCACCAGGACAGCCGCUAUUGUCUUGAGUAUUUGUGUCGCUGUCUACAGCCUCACCUAUGCUCUAUGCUCAUCCACGGCUUCCAUGCCAAACGUGUCAUCCACCGACACUUCCCUGCGCUCAAUCUGCCACGCUCACUACCUCUCCUACAGCCUGCACUCAGCGCGACCGCCAGAGACAUUCUUUUCACUUCUCGGCCUAGACUGUUCGAUGGCGCCAUUUACAUCAUCAUGGACGCGAAUUGACGAUCCACAAUAUGGCAAAGCACAGGACGCCAUCAACCUUGCGUGGGCAGAGCGGAAACAGCGCUUGUAUGAUCAAGAUGCGGGCGCGGCAGAGAACAAAGUCCUGGACCUUGUGGCAUAUCAUCUGAGUAAGCCGGAUCUGGCCGAUGUCUACGUGGAGAUAGUUAUGCCCAGGAUUAAGAACGUGAAAGGCGCGAGACGGCUGGCUGAGUUGAAGGACAUUUGCAAGGGAAACUGGGGGGACAGUGGGUAA